AUGCCGUCUCUAGCCCACGCCGUCCGGAUUGCCGGAUUACUUCUAUCGCUGGCAUCCGCUACGGUUGCAGGACCGGUUUCAACACCCAGCAUCAACACUUCCUUGCCCUUGCUCGACUGCGGAGAGCUCCAAGUGCCUAUUGACUGGGCGAACCCUCAAGGCGACCAGGUUACCCUGGGCAUGGCUCGCUACAGGGCCUCCGAUCCCACCUCCAAACUGGGGAGCCUGAUCUUCAAUCCUGGGGGUCCAGGAACCCCGGCUUCGGAGGUGGUGGAACUGGCUCCCUACGUGUUUGGCAAUGCUCUUCUCGAGCACUUCGACAUUAUUGGAUUGGAUCCUCGUGGGGUCGGCCUCAGCUCUCCCAUUCGAUGCGAUCCAUCCAUUUACAAUCAGCGCGUGUCGAAUUUCCCCACCACCGAGGUCGAGUUUCAAACAAUGCAGCAGAAAUACCGCACCCUGGGCCAGAGUUGUGGGAAUCUGACGGGCCCUCUGAUGGCUCACUUGGAUUCUGCCAGUGUGGCCCGCGAUGUGGAGGCCGUACGGAUGGCCCUGGGUGAGGCCAAGCUCAACUACCUGGGCCUGUCGUAUGGAACCCUACUGGGCGCCCAGUAUGCUCAACUAUUCCCUCAGAAUAUCCGGGCGAUGGCACUGGAUGGCAACAUGGAUCACAACGAAGCCUGCACGUACAGCCUUGUGGUUCCAUCCUCGGCAUACGAGACCGAACUGGUUCGAUUCGGCUCGUGGUGUGCUUGGAAUAGUUCCUGUGCCCUACAUGGUACGGAUGUGCUUCAACUCUUCGACAAUCUCACCGCACAAGCGGACCAUCACCCCAUUCCGGCCCCCGGAUGCAAUAUUUCCGGGGCAUGUCGCUCGGACGUGACCGGGGAAGAGCUACGGGAUAAUCUAAGGGACUGGCUCAGCUUCAAGGACCCCCCGGCCCAACUCGGCCUCACGGGGUGGGCUGACCUGAGUGUGGCGCUGGCCCAGGCCAGUGCUGGCAACGCGACUCUCCUGUCCACCCAAUUGGCGCUCGACUCAUCGUCUUCGCUCUUCCCAGAACUGGCCAUCUACUGCCUCGACUGGUCUCAGGACAGUCGGUCUCUCGCCGAUGUUCGGAACAAGCAAGAGAUGACUGCGACGCUGAUGCCGCAUACGAGAGGGGCGGUCGAGGCGAACAUGCCGCAGGUGCAAUGUCUUGGGUGGCCUUUUCCCGUGCAGAAUCCGGAGCACAAUGCCCGCAUCAACAAUACGUCGCCGAUCCUGCUGGUCAACGCCCAAUAUGACCCGUUGACAUCGUUGACAUGGGCCGUGGGACUGCAGGACCAGAUCCGGGAGAGUGUCCUGCUCACACGCGCGGGGGAUGGCCAUACCUCGUAUGUCCUACAGGGAGAGACGUCUCGCGCGAUCGAUGCGUAUCUGGUCAAUCUGACUCUUCCGGCAGCGAACACGGUGCUGCCUAGCUGA